GCUACUGCUGUCAGUGUGGUGAAAACGCUGUCAGCCUCCCGUGGCAAGACAGCAACUGAGGCUCAGGUGUUUGAAGCCCAUCCUACAGAAGACAGUUGGGGGAAAAUCGUACCUCUCAUGCUGCACGGCGACGAGGGUAGAGGUACAUGGAAGAGCACCCUGACCUCCCAACAUUUGGCGCAGACCAGGUAUUUCCUCUUUGGCAUUGCUUGCUCUGUUCUGAAGAAAAACAAACACGUGACCAAUGCUGUUUUCCAAAAGCUGGUCGACAACUUCAACAAGUUGCUUUCAGAGGGAGUAGAGGUGCCAAAGAUGGGAAGGAUUUAUGCGGCCGUUGUGGGUGUCAAGGGCGACCUAGACUUUCAUUUGAAAUACUAUGACCUGGUAAGAUCAUACUCACACGUGGGGUCCCGACAAGCAGGGUUCAUUUGCCACGCAUGCCAAGCAUCCAGUGGUGUGAAUUCACAACAUCCGUUCGACGACUUUUCCGAAGACCCAGCCUGGCUUCAAACCAUGCACCAGACCCGACCGUGGAACGCUACUCCGAUCCUAGCUUCAGUCCCCUACGACGACCAGCGACCUGAACAGGUCAUAGUCUGGGAUCUGCUGCAUGUCCUGAAGCUGGGUGUCGGACGAUACCUCAUCGGAGGAGCCCUGAUCCUGCUGUUGCGGAAAGGCUUUAUGGACCACGCUGGAGACUUGAAGAACAUCUUGGACAG